AUGAAAGAUCUUUUGAGUUGGCAUGGGGAUGAGUUCAGAGACUCCAUGAUGUUUGAUCCCCCCACCUGGUUCAAGUCCUURGUCUUCUGCGAGGCACUGGUCCAAUCACCUUUCUUCCCCAUAGCUGUAAACGCCUUCUUCAAAGGAGGCGGCAAGUGGAUCAGGACCCCGGCCAUUGUCUAUUCCACCCACGUAGCCACCACCCUGGUCCCCAUCCUUUACUACCCRUUCCCCACAGAGCCCCACCCUGGUCCCCAGACGGACCGUUACACCCUGGCAGUCAUCUAUGCUCUGUACCUCCUGGUUCCUCUGCUGCAGCUGCUCACAAUGCUCUUCAGAUCAGUUUACAACACUCAGGGAGGAAAGGGCUCAGCUAAGGCCAAGGAGGGGGAAAGGGCCCAGCUAAGGCCAAGGAGGAGGAAAGGGCUCAGCUAA